GACGGGUAGGAGCGUGUGUGCAUGUGUGUGAGAGACACUUAUUCUCUUAACUACUAGGAGACAGACACACUUUCCUGGCCCGACUCAAAGAAGGGGGGAAAACAGGAGCAAGAUUAUUUUUUUUCAAUAUCAUUUUGAAUCUUCUCAAUCAAGCUGCCCUUCAGGUCCUCUUCCUGGAAACUCUUUUUCAUUGCCUGCUGGGAGUUCUACAUGUAUUGAUCCGUUUACUCUCUCACACACUGACAAGACUUACCUCAUGGAUUUGUAUCUGAUUGGAUAUUUGAUGUGUGUGUGGUUGUCCAGCUCGCGGGUGCUUGGAGGCUAUCCCAUCUGGUGGUGAGUACAAAAUCCAGCAGUUUCAGCAUCAGAAGCCUAUAGACGCAAAAAGAGAGAAAGAGACUCAAUUUUUUUUUUUUGGUCAAAUGAUGAUUUCUGAGAGGGCAGAAUGUGCACUUUCAGUUGACUGCGUGGAAAAAUGUUCUCCGGCCCAGUCCAAAGAAUCUUAACCUCAAAUACUAGUGUAACGGAAAAGGCUCGCCGUUCUUUUCCCCUCCACACUCAGGUCCAUCUAUCAUAUUGGAGUAUGUUGUGAUGCUAAAAGGGUAAAAUUUAAGUUAGAAAAACAUGAAACGCCGGAGAACGUGGGGCUCUUUAUUGGAUUUAAGGGGAAAUUCAAGAGCGAGCGGUUUUGUGCAAAGUGUCAGAGGCACAGUGAGGACUUGUCAGGCAUUUAAACAAAACAGAGAAAGUCAGUCAGAUCACUUCAACUGUGAGGAAUCGUAGAUGUCGCUGAGAGACAGUGACAAGUCUUAAAUCAACAAAAACCUCCUGUUUCCAAACUAGAAUAAUCUCCUUUUUGGAAUAAAACCAAAUCAUAUUAGGAAGUACAACAAUCAUGACAUAUGAGAUCAGCGUCAUCUUGUUUUGUUUGCUAUUGUGUGUCACUGCUCAACAUUCAGACCGCCGGCCCCCCAAAACAAGCCGUGAAUUGAAUGUGAAUUGUUUUUGGCUGCUUUUCAGAUGUAUGACAUGCACCGAACACUAACAUCUCUGCCACUGACAGAGUCCCAACACACUUUGACGAAUAUGACAAAUUUGUGGUCUUCCUUGUGGUCUCCCCUCGUGGUUAUUGGCUGUUAUUAAAUUAAUCUUUUGGAUUUCUUGAAAACACUUAGGCAUAUCAUUUUGCUUUCGUACUCACAUCUCGCCCCCUCCACCACGGAUUUGUCAGGAGACAAUAUGUUUGGGUGCCGGAGGGUUUUUAUUCUUUGUUAAAUUAUCCCAGAUCGCUUUUGGCAUCAGCAUGUGAAAACGUAGAGGUUUAUCUCAUUACAAAUUCAGCUACAUGCAGCUGACCUCAUGGCUCCUGGUCCUCUUUUGUAACCUAAAGCUUCUAUUUUGAAGAUAUUGGCGUAGGCGUAUGACAAAGCUCUUUUGGCUCACGACACAAUACUUGUCAGAGCUACUGCACUUUUAGCAGCCUCACUAGUAUGUGGUCCCAACCGUGGUGCUGUCCAAACCACGAGCAUCUUCUGGUUUCAUUUACAGAGCGGGCGGCUGCCAAGCGCACAGGCCACAGGGCUGAAGUGUUAAUGGCAAAGAGGACUUUACACUCACUCCUGGCUUCAGCAGGAACCAUCAGACAACAGUGACAAAGAGCCUGUGACUCUCUCUCUCUCUCUCUGUGAGAAUUACCUGCAGCUGUUCUGUUCAAGGAGCUUACAUGACACCGGUGUAGUGUUCGAACCCCAACAAUGCGCUCCACCUUUGAUUUGGCUAACAAAUUUUGAAGUGUAGGCAGGGUGAGGGGUUACCGUGAGAUGAAAAGCGGAGCCGUAUAGCUCCAGGUGACUGGGCAGGUGCUGAGGAAUGGGUGUCAAACAGCACUGUCAGUGGCAUCACCCCGCGGUGUCGAACAUGUCCAAAAGGAGACAAAAUGAGGUGGUGCGUCAAACAAGGGGGUGCCGAGUUUCAACCAGGGGCCCGGGCAGGCUCCUCUCUGCUUCUGUCUCAGGGGCGAUGACUCGGCCAUAAAUUCUCCAGCCAAGGUGGGACAGGUUGAAGGGAAGAGCGGUUUUGACUGCUUUAUGCCUGGCAGCCUUGCUUUUACAAGACGGGGUGUUGAAAACAAAACAGAGCAUAAAUAACUCCACUGAUAUGCACAUAUGCGUGGAUGAGGAUAAGGUGUAUGAGAAAGAAAAGGCAUACCAAGUCGAAGAGGUGGGUUAGUAGGAAUGAAUUGCCUUCUUAAAAUGCAAGAAUGUUUGGGAGACUGUUGUUUGGUGAAAAAAUAAAGCUUCGACAAGAAUUCAUGACAGCUUCAAACUAUGUUGUGGUUGUAUGUAAUCCACAAGUCCCGCAACGUCUCCAUCCAAUUAUCUGUCAACGCCGACUUCUGUGUGGAGGCAGACAAUGAGAGCAUAUGUUGUUUCGCUUAUUGCCGUGUUUUGGUUUCACCUUUGAACUCCUGUUUAUAAUUUGUGUGAUGUAAAUGUUUAUGACAGAUUAUUCCAGGCUGGUGUUGUGUUAAGCCUGUGCGGUUUAACUCAACUAUUUUCAGAGCAGCCUAAGCCCGCUCUGUCAGCCAGCAGUGAUUUCGUGUUGCUUGUGUAAACAGCGGUGUUGGUAAGUUGAUGAUGACAGUCACUUUUACCAUUAAGCAUUAGCGGCGAUUAUCGGUUUAACUCCCAUUACAAAGCCAGGAGACUUUUAAAUCCCUUAACUAUUUUCUUUAUCCCGUGUUAUCAUCACGCCUGUUAAAUCUGCAUGAGAAAGAAAGAUACUGUACACCUGUUUUGGUGCUCAAUGAAGAUUCGUGUACUGCCAAUUCCAACGAGUUCUGCUUUUCCACAAAAAUACUGAUUAAAAUUGAUAAAAACAGGUAUUGUGAGUUAUCUCUGUAUGCAAAUCUGUUUGUAAAUAGGUCGAAAUAUGUCUUGUGUGGCUUUAAAUGAUGACUUUCGCCAUCAAGAAGUAUUGGUUUGCACGGCUCAAAGACGCAGCGAAUGGCGAAACACUGUUGCUAGCCUGGGAAAGUGCCUUGGAAACAAAGGUCACUUGAUGCAGAAGUGUACCCGGUUAAAACUUGUACUUUAACUCUCUAUUAAUAAUCUAUUAAGCAGUUUUUAUGUGACCUCCCUUGAUAGAAAUCUGGGCCAUCUAUCCACUUAAAUGACACUUCCUGACUUUGAUUGUGUUUCCAGUCUGAAGUACUACUUGUAGACUUUUAGGGACGACUGCAGCAUCAAUAUCCUCUGCAAAGCUACGUCUAGGCCCACCAAACUACCGACCCCAUAAGCAGACCCAUCUGGUUCAACCUGAGUGGCUGUAACGGAGCUCUAGAGUCCAUCUCUGGGUCUCAGGAAUGUCAUUAUCUGACUGUGACACCCCCCCGCCGCCAAUCUUCAACCCCAAAACCCCUACCAUUGGCGAAAGGCUCACUUAAAUGACUCUUACCGCGAGAAAAUCCUCCACCCGCCGCCUUGUGUGAAAAGAUCAAGGAUGUUUGGGUAUUAUUCUCCACGGCGCGGUGGAAGGUAGAGAAAGGAGCACCAAAGUCCAGAAGAAUGUCAUUCAUAAGAAACUUCAGGGUUCCAUUAUGAAUGGAUGAGGGCUGCCGUAGAGCCAGGGUCAAAGGCAAUUUUGGGCUAAAGCCUGCGAGAAAUGUCCCCACAGAGAGUCACGUCCACUCAGAAAAUAUUGGAGGACUUCACCCAAAAAGAAAACCCACGACCAUAAAAAUAAAAUCAUCACGGCCAUAAUGAGACAACAGUAAAAAAAUAAUAAUUUGAUUUAAGAUACAUGUGAGUGGUUGAUUGUACGGAGUUAACGCGUCUGUGUGGGCGACUUCAUGGUCGCCAAGCAACAAUAAAUAAAGCUCAUUAAUUCUAUACAAAAAGGCAAUUAAGUGCACCUCUUUCUGUUGAGCAGGAAACACCGUCUUAAUGCACACCUAAACCAAUCAGAGUUUCUAUUGCUUGUAUAGAGGAUGUUUGAGUCUUUGGAUAUAUCAGGAUUCCCAUAAGUAACGGUAAAUGGACUAUGUUGAGUUAGCGCUUUCUCUGCUCUUCUGACCACUCAAAGCGCUUUUACUCUUCCUGUCACAUUCACCCAUUCACGCACCACUUUCACACACUGAUGGCAGAGGCUGCUAUGUAAAGCGCCCAUCACUUUUAACUAAUCCCAUUCACACACCGCUGGGCGCAGCCAACUGGGGCGGGUUGGGAUCAACUCUCUUGCCCAAGGACACCUUGGCAUGUGGACAGCGGGACCUGGGAUUGAACCCCUGACCUCCUGAUUGACAGCCGACCAGUUCUACCACUGAGCCACAGCCUCCCCUUAUCAUAAAACCAGAAAUCUCCAAAGUCCCUUAAGGCCUAUAAUAUCUACCAGUGGCCGAUAAUAAUGAUGAAAUGUUCAGUAAAUAACUUCUUUUUCUUUUAUCGUUUUUGACCAGAAAAAUGGGGACAAAAAAUGCUCCUCUUAAAAAGUAAAUUACCACCCCAAAAUUGCUGAGAUGCCAAUUCAACCUAGAUAGAUAUCAUGAGGACCUCUCCUAAAACAUGGUGAUUUGCGCUGGAAUUUUACAAGUUAAAAAAAUGGUCAAUUUGCACAGGACUAAAAACAUAGGCGCCUUAUACAGUUCCUACAAAUGAUCAGAGGUCCCCAAGUCAUGAUAAGUACAUUUUCUGCUGCAAGGGAUCCCUCAAUUGAAUCAACUAUAACAGAUCUAGUUUGAUGUUGCUAAGGUACAGUCAGGGUUGUCUCCUACGAGUCUAUGAGUUUUUAUAAUGUUUAUUUACAUGACAUAAUCUCAUUUUAAGGAAGUAACACAAGUUUGUACAAAGAGGUGCCACAUUUCAUCCUCAAUCUCAAAGACAGGACCACCAAAAUGCAUCAUUCGCAUUAAAUUUACAGGAUGCAAUCAUAGACUGUAUAUAGAAUGGACGCCGUCUGCCUCCUCGCUGGGUGAAGCCACUCCGAGAACAGCAUCCUCUGUUGGCGGGCUGCAGUAUAGGUCAUUCGCCUCCGCCAGCAAAGCUUAUGGGGCUGUGGACAAAUUUUAGAAAUUUACUACACAGAAUAUAAAUGUUUUCCCCCCCUGGUUGCGAUGUUGACAUGUAGUUACUGUAAGAUUGCGUAACUCACCUGGAGGAUACGCUGUUUGUGCCGAGCGUCAUCACAGCCACUCUCGGCGACUCUCCCGCUGAAUGCGCACAACACUACUGCGCAAUGUUGGUUUCAGGAAAUGAAGAAAAAUUAGGAAAUACCAAGAGCCUUUUGGCUUCAAAUUCGUAUAUUGACAGGAGGUGGAACCAAGUUGUCCAAAGUGUAUACUGUCUAUGGAUGCAAGGUUGAAAAAAGGCAACAAUAAACUAGAUUUUGUAAGUGCACGACUGAGGGAACAUCACAGCUACAAUGGCGUAGACUGCUCACCGCUAUGAGCUCGCUUGAGCCGAGUGUGAGAUGAUUGGCCAGUCUUAUCCCAGCCCUGAGACAGCACAUUGUCCUUUCUUUUCUUGAUUUUAAAGCAGGAUGCACUAUUAGCUGCUCUUGUAUUGCCUGUCAGUGAGCUCCUGAGCUGAUCCAACACAUGACUUCACCGACAUUAGCAGACUGUUUUCAUGCCACAAGCAUGUGGGAUGACAUUACCAGUCGAAUCCGAGCGAGGUGAGAGGUUCAAAGGAGAGUGGUAUUUCAAAGCAGCGAAGGCAAGUCCUAAUCUUCGCUCAGCAUCAAAGGACCAGCAGCGUGCAGUUGUAGGAAAUGACAAAGUCCCCCCAGUGCUCAGCUAUUAGUUGCGCUAAAACACAGGCCAGGACGGUUCCUCAAAGGGAAAACUGCAGCAGCCAGGGGCAAGGAGAUCAUUAAGGGACACGUGUGGAGGCACAAACACACAAUAUUUUAGGUCUCCAUUACCUGCCUAAUCUCACCUGGAUGGCUUGUUACUGGGGUUAAUUAUUAGCAGAAGGCAAUUUCUCUGUCACACGGGGUCAGUGACAAAGAUGUACUGGUCGCACCUGUACAGCCUGUAGUCAGUCAGAGCCCUGGGGUCACUGACCAGAGAGUUACAGAGGUCAAGAGAUCGAGUGAGAGAUGAAGAGUGGAGAGGAAGAGAGGAGUGUCCUUCAGUCUGUGUGAAGAGUCAGGGAACUGGUUCAGGCUGCUGUGAAUAUUAAGACAGUUUCAUAUUUUUGGAUCUUUUAUGGUUUGAACUUUUAACUGAAUAGACGAGGGAUUCAGGUUUAAAGUUAAAGUGCUUCAUUAAGUAUUCUAAGUUUUAUCUAAAAAAUAGAGGAAGGACGGUCCAGUGAGUAUGUAGCUCUUUCUAGAAAACAGAGUCAAUGUUUGGCUGCAGCUCUUUGUCUAUGACAAUGAGGUUUCACUCUCCACUAUUUCAGAGGUUUUGGCGAACCAAACGAGCAUGAGAAAGUCAAUAGCAAUGAGGCUUUUAAUUACUUUUAAAAAGAUUAUGUGGGGUUAGAAAUAUCCACAAAGAAUCCCAGACAGAUUCCAGACGAUCCAUUACCAGUUAUGAUUCGCACAGGAUGCAUUACAGCUGACAAUUCGAGCAGCGGUGCCAACAAGCUGCCCCUAAUGAGCAGAGGCGGGGAACAAUGCUCUGUUUGAGCUGCGGUUCAUUCACACAGUCCCUCAAGACUCUCAUUCAGACGCGCUCUAUCCUUUCAGGCCAACAGCUCAGACUUUGUUGUGUCCACCUUCAGACAGAAAAGGCACCGAGCUUCUGGUCUGACAUGCAUUUGUCAGUGCCUUGUGCUCUCUAGUGCACUUGUGUGCAGAGCUACUGCUGCUCUCAUUCACUUCCUGACAGGCAGGUUCACAAGUUUACACCCUGUUCAGUUUCCCUCUUCACGUCUGUGUACAUGUGACUGCAGGGGCUCCUCGUCCCAACUCUACUCUCUCCGCAACAGUCUGCAGAGAGGAGGGAGGGAGGAAGAGAGAAAGACAAGAACAGGUUGGAACAUUUUUCAGGGGUCCUGUCGUUUUUUAUCUGAUCAGCCAGGAGCUGUUGGACUACAAAUCAAAAGUGUGCCAAAGAAAAAGGGAAGGCAACAUAUCACAGACAGGAGCUUUUGCAUUCCACCCUCCACAAGGAAAAGUCCCAUCCUCGGGCAAAGCCGGCAACUUUCCUUGGCCCACUUCCUCUCUUCUGAGUGUCUUCAUCUCUCUGCGGACCCUCUUGUGGGACUUACACAUGAAUUCAUGAUGCCAAUGUUCUCGGUGCACGUCUCCGGCUGCUUUGCUAGGGCCUCACUUAGCGACACAAUGUCCUCCAGGCAAAUCUGACAAGUUGAGCUGCGGCGUCAACAUAUAGAGGUAAAUUAGAGGUAGAUUAGAGUUUAAUGCAAACAGUAUUCCCUCAGUUUGUUACUGCAGGAGUUUGCAGGAGCAUGACUCUCGCUGAGGAAGUGCGACAGAACACACUUGGGUGUCAGCGCUCCAGGCGCAAACCACCGCAUAAGCUAACACUCAUUUCACUUUAAUGAAAUAAGUUAACUUGUUCAGACACGGCGUCGAAUACGUCAAUAAUCGCCAAGGCAAACAAGAGUACAAGAGCGUUUAAUCAAAUGUGAAGGCAGAAUCAAAUCUGUUUGUUGAGGCUCAGUCCAUUAAAGUCCUUUCUGACUAUAUUUAGCCGUAUCUUUCAAGUCCUAAUCUCAGAGAUUUUCAUGAAGUAAAUGUUGCCUAAUGCAUUAAAAUAAUAACUGAACUGAACUUAUGGCCUACAUGAAAGCACUUGUUUUUGCAGUGUUACAAACAGGGAGAAAAUUCCACAGGAAAAAAUGAACUCACUUGAGUCUGAAACUGUUUCUCUUUUUUUUUCUGGUGAUGUAGGUAAGAGGUUACUGAGGUUAAAACCACAGGAUUGCUGGCAAACCGUUUUAGAGUAUGCAAAAUUAAGAAAAAAAAACUACAGAUUGGAUGUGCGGAAUGGUCAGCAGUCAGUAAAGCUGAGCAAAACUGUUAACCAGAAAAAAAGUAUGUUACCUGCUACGACCACUGGCUGAAAUAGAUGUCAAAGUCAAGAGAGAGCUCAAAGAUCGUCACUCAUAAAAAGAGGAAUAAAUGAUGUCUUUCAUAUUUGUAGCAAAAGCCACGUGUUUAGAAUCAAUAAUUGGUGUUUGGCCUUUAUUUCAGGGCUGUUAAGGGUAUCUUAGAUAGCUAUUAGUAGCUGUGUUUAUAAGGGCUGUCAGUUUUAACGUAUAGUUCAAGUUUAGGGCCAGGCACCAUUUCAUGAGACAUUACUACUGCUGUAAAUGGGGGACUUUGUGAGACCACAGCAUAUUGAUCACAGUGACUUAUCUCAAAUUUGCACCAUGUUGAAGUUAAAGCUUUGUGACACUGGAUCUGCUUCCUCCUUUGCCUAAAAUGUCUCUUUUUGUUGAUGUAAUGAGUCACCAAAGAUGUUGAGUUACAUCAGCAGGUCCUGCAAGAUAAGCACAACUUCUGCAGACUGUGAAAUUCUCACUGAGGUUUAAUCCUGAAAGAUUUACUGUUAGAAACCAAAUAGUAGAGCUAAAAUUCACAUGCUGUUUUUAAUCCUGUGCUUCUUUAUUUACCUCUCAGCGCAACGCAGUUAAAUCACAGCUCCAUCUACCAGCUCUUGCUACUGCAGAAUACUCUGCUUUUGAAUGGCACAUUUCACUCUAAAGAUUCCCAGCCAACUCACCUGACGAGUAACACGGACUUUGCAAUAACUGGAACACAAAUAUAAUCAGAGUACUCAGAGUUUAAGCUACCAUCUUGAACCUAAGCAUCAGUGCAGUUUAUCAGAGAGAUGUCAGCAGGUAACUAUUUCACAAAAGCUGGCAAAGCACUAUUUUGGAGUGUGUGAAUCAGCACAGACCUGAGGAAAAAACUAAAGUUAACAGUGCUCUCUUAAUGAGAAACAGAGGCUGGUGAUUAACAUUUCUAAUCGUUUAAAAUGCAAAAGAAAGGAAUUAACAUGCAUUUAAUCAAAAUUAACCAUUGAAAUUAUGAGAUUAAUUGUUAUUUAGGAAAUCAAUCAUUUCAUGGUAUGAGUAAAUAGCUGAUAUUGCAAGAUUUGCAAAAACCCUAGCACUGCCUGCAGAUGUAAUAUAGCAUUACAUCUAAGUAAAUGAUGGUCUGAACCAGAAUUGUUGAUUUCUAUAUCAGAAGUUUUUUAGCCUUCUAAGAAAUCUUGAAUAAUAAAAUCAAUCUGCCCAGUUUGGUUUCAGUCCACAUUUUACCUCACUCAAUGACUUUUUCCCAUCUAAAACCAGCCCAAAAAGUUUAAUAUUGAUCCGAGUUUGCAUUCUUAGAGACAUAACAGUUGCAUAAAAUGUCCAUUUGGGAGUCAGAGCUGAGCAUGUCCUGUUAUGUACCUCACUUAGAAACCGAUGGAGUGUAAAAGCAUAAGAAUCCACCCAUAAUUGCUGCCCAACCCAGAUGAGGUGUAGCUGAAUACAUCAUCUUCCCCAAGUCUCUUCUUGACCUAAAAGCACUACCCCGGGGAGUUUACCAGCCUGUGACGCAACAGAACAGAGUUUUAUAUCAAAGUGAGUCAGAUGUUUUCAAGUCCUGCAACAAGAGGGCUAGACAAUUUAUACUCUACUUAUAUUUCCACAUAGAGGUUAACAUAGCACCUUCAUAUCAUAUGGCCAAGAACCGCCACUGCUGCAAUUGCAGAAAAAUGCAAAAUGCAAAAUGUAAAAAAAGCGACCACAAUGGAAGUUACUGAUGCAAAAAAAGAAACCAAAGCCCACUGCAAAUAAAAAAAAGAAACGGUGCAGAUUAAAAAAAAAAAAAAAAAAAAAAAAAAAAUGAAAAAAAUAGUGGUGAUGGAAAAAAAAAAGUUACUUACUUUAAAAAUAAAAGAGUGCAAAUGAAAAGGGCUACAACAGAAGUGGGCUGCCAGGAACCAGUGAUGAUGAUGCACCGGUGUUUUACAAUCUAGGCUCAGAAGACGGAGGCGAGAAGACGAGCAAAGAAGUUAGUGGAAAGGCUUUUGUUUUAUUUCGCUUCGUGUGCUUUUCAAUGUGUCAUUUGGUUAGGCCAUGUUGUGCCUGAUUUGAAAGUUGAACUGAAGCUAACACUACACCGGCAUCCUUGAGUUCAACUUCAAAUCGACUCAGGCGCUACAUGGUCUAACCCAAUGACACAUUGAAAGUUCACGUAGUGACAUUAAUCAAUAACCUUUCCACUAGCUUCUUUGCUCGUCUUUUCGCCAUCUUUUUCUGUGACUAUAUCGUAAAACACCAGCACAUCGUCUUUGUUUUUUGGCAUCAGUAACUUCCGUUAUGGCUUCUUUUUUUUUUUCCUUCCUUUUAUUCAGGCAGUAAGUAACUUUUUUUAAUUUUAUUUUAGCAUUAGCACUUUUUUGCGUCGUUAAAUUCCAUUGUGACUUUUUUUUUUAUCUGCACCGUUUCUUCUUUUAUCUGCAGAGGGCUUCAAUUUUGUUUGUUUUUUUUUUGUUUUUUUUAUAUGCAUUAGUAACUUCCGUUGUGUUUUUUUUUUAAUCUGCACUUUUUUUAUUUAUUUACAGCGGGCUUCGUUUUUUUUUUUUUUUUUUUUUUUGUAUCGGUAACUUUUGUAGUGGCUUCUUUUUUUGCAUUCUUUUGUAUUUGCAGCAGUGGCAUUUAUAUUUAUUUAUUUAUUUUUGGAAUUCUUUUUUAUUUGCAGCAUUGGCAGUUCUUGGCCACCAUACCUUCAGCCACUGUUGAUAAACUUUCUGGAAGUAGGAACACAAUCUUGAACUUCUUUCCAUGAAGCUUUGAACACUGCCUAAGGAAUAACGCAUCUCUCUGUCUUUAUCUUUAUCAUUUUAACUCUUCACUUCUGCCUCUGAGUAAGUAUUGGAAUAUUUAAGCUAUGUUUAGUUAUUCCUAACUAUGUGAAGAAGCUAGCACUUUGACAAACUAUUACUGAAAUAUAAAUUAUUAUUUUUAUUCAGCUUUAAGUCGUUUGUGAGCCAGCCUCUUCAAAAAACUGCAGCUUUAGUUUACGAUCACUACCAAGGAGUAACGAAGUGAACGCGCCUUUAACGGUUACUAUCCCGCGUGCGCGAGCAAAUCGAAUAGUUAAAGGAAAAUCUCGAUUUUUUUCGGUUAAUACAGGGCUCUCAAGUUUUGAACUAAGCUUAGAGUGAGAUUUCCUUGGGGGGGGGGGGGUAGUAUAAUAAUCUAAUAAAUACAAUGGAGUAUGAGGGCCACAUUAAGAAAGAAAAAAACAUUUUUAAAUCUUUGAGAUUAAAGUUAUUAUUUAGGAGAAUAAAGUCAUUAAUGACUUUAAGAAUAAAGUAGUAAAGUUACCUGUUGUGGAGGAGAGUUGUUAAAAUCAGCACUGAGGAGCAUUUAGAUGAAUUGUACUUUAGUAUAGGUUUCACAGACAUGGAGAUACUUAAUCCUUUGGUAUAUCAGCAUUACACUGUCACGAGUAUCGGAACUUUAAAAAGAAUAUAUGAGAAAUGCUGCUUUUGUGGAGGGGAAAUGGCUGUACAGAGGCUAAAUUCAUCAAUGCAGCUGUUAACAGCAAUAGCAUAGGGCUUUAGUUUAUCAUAUGAGUUUAUCUGCCAUGAGGUGUUGAGGUCUCUGCAUGCAUUACUGACUUACUGUAAUCAUCGGGUCUUUCUCGUCCUUAUAAAAACCUGCUCUAUUUCAGCAAGUGUCUGUCUUCUUCUGUAGUCAAACCGCAAGAUAUCAAAAUCUAUCCGGAUACAGCAAUGCUGCUUUUUGAUUGGCUGUUCAGUAGAUAUACUUUAUUUGAUUGGCUUGCGCGUGGCACGCAGCUUCUGAACUCUCGGAGAAACUCCGUUGAUUUCCCCCUGUUCCAUAGUUAAAGAGGUGCAACUUGGUGGACAUCACCAUGUUCAUUUAAAUGCGUGAGAAAUACAAUGUGUGGCGUGUGAGCGUGUGAACAGGUGGGAAUCCGUGUGUCUCACGCUGAAUGCGUGAGACUUGAGAGCCCUGUUAAUAUUUACAGACAAAUCAUAGCCUUGACAACCAAAGCAGCUUUUCUCUCACCAGACAAAAGGCCACUCAUUUUAAUUUCAGAAAGCCGUUUUCUACGAGGGUUUUUCGAGUCAUAAAAACGAACUUUAUCGCUCCCAUCGACGCUAACCGUCAGUGACAGCAGCUAACGUUAAGCUACACCGAGUUCUGAUAUUUUAAAAUACAGACCAAGUAGUCACAUUCUGAGACUUUUAGGAAACUCACCUCGGUUUUGAAGACAUUUGAAGACUCUCCAGGGAUCCUAAAACUUAUCCAAGUCGACUAAAGUAAAAUCUUUAUCUGCUGGAGCGCAGAGACGAUGACAGAGUGAAGUAGCUGUGACCCAAACAAACAUGGCUGCCGGAAAUUACGUUCUAAAUGCGCGCUCAUUGCGUGAAAAAAAGUUUUUUAAUUAAAAGAAAAUAAUAAGGAAAACAGAUGCAUGGAUUUAUUGACAAAUCACAUUUUUGAUUACUGGGGAUAAAUAAUUAAACAAAGUCAAUCAAUUACAAGAUUUAAAACAGUGCAGAGGCAGUAUCUUCUGUAUGUUUGUUUGUUUGUUUUUCAUGCAUUCUUCCCACCCAAAUGCAAAUGAAACCUCUGAUUUUUGUCUGUUUGUAACGUAUGUUAAUGUUACUGUAGAAUCUGGUUAUUUACAGACACAUGACUCUACCUGAUAUUUGUCCAAAGUAAAGGCCGACAAGAAGAAAAUCAAAAGUCAGCACCUUUUAUUCAAAUUCAAAUUCAACUUUAUUUGUAUGGCACUUUUCAGACAAAAACAAAUGUAGUUCAAAGUGCCUCACAGAGGCUAAAAACAGCAAUUAAACAACAAUAAAACCUGAGCCUCCCACCCACACAGACACACAUGGACCCACACACACACAAGCGCACACAGAGUGAGAAUUUAAAAUACAUUGUAAAAGAGACAUGGCCUGACACAGACACAUGACAUGAGGAAAGAGCUACCGUUAGGAAACACUGGAGAUAAAAGUUAAAAAAUUUAAAAAAAACAAAUAAAUGAAAAAUGGUAAAAAGAAAGACUAAAACCUGAUGGACUAAAACAAGAAAAGAAAAUAAAUGAACAAAUAAGUAAGAGCUCUUUACCAUAUAUUUAGAGAUAAUUAAUAAGAUUACAUAAAAGAAACACUAAGAACAUUAUCACAGUUAUACCUGUUUGUGGGCCCUGUUCAUGAACUUCAAUCAGCCUCUGUGGGUCAUCAGGCCAAAGGCAGGGAGGUCAGAUGUCAUGUUGUGCUCAACAGGUUCAGAGGGUCACCUGGUACUUUUUGUGCCUCUGGACAUAGGAGGCUGUCACACAAAGAAAGCUCAUCUGUGCACAGACAUGUGCUUCACACUGACCCCUGUGAUGUAGACCUCCCACAAAAAUAUUUCUGACGAUACAAGAGUCCGUGACUCACCUUCUGACUCAAGAAAAGACAAAUAAAAACAGGAAGGUGAAAAUGAGUAACCCACUUCGUUAUUAAGUUUGGUAGUAAAGAGUUGCAUUCAGGAGAGUUUUUGUUGACACUGUUAUAGUCUUGGCCGUGUGUUUUCCACUUUUCAGCAAGGUGUGUGGUGGAAUCCCUUUGUUUCCUCUGCUCCAUUUCUGUGGUUUCCAGCAGCCCGUCAUACUUUCACAUCAGCCCAUUUAGGAUACAGAGAAAACCCCCAACCAAGCCGUAAACCCCCCCAGGCUAGCAGAGGCCCCAGAAGGACCUGUCUGAACAUGCACCUGCCAAGCCCUGCUGCUCGCCACUGCACUGCUGCUUGUCUUGUCCCCUGCAGCAGAUUCCCCCGGCAUUCUGCCUCUGUGGAGGUCUGUGCGUCUGCUGCUCCCUCACUCGGUUGAGACACGUCGCUCGUGGCUUCCGAGAAGUGAGGCAGAGCGGGUAGGAUCAGCGUGGCACACAUGUGGGCUGCAUGCAUGCGUCUGCGUGUGUGUCUGUUUGCACGAUACGCCUCAUAACCCCUCAGGGUUAAGACUCUCAUUAGCACCUAGCCAAAAAAGAUAUCCCUUUCAUCUCAUCUGUCCAUAAGGAUCAAGCAAGGCACAUCCUUUGCAAACAAAGACAAAUUGGCUGGCAGAUCCACAGCGUGUAGUCUAAACAUGCUGUGUCCACCACAAAGUCCCUUGUGGUUAGAUAAUUGAUUCCAUCAGAAAUCCCAAAUCCAGCUUGUGGGCAAGCAGUUCAGCUGUCCUGAAUAGAACUUGAAAUGCAGCAGGAGUUGGCACACAGUCUAAACACAGAUAUCUCAUUUGGACCGGAGAGAUUUUCCUUUGAGUUGAUCGGGAGACGUUGGGGUACUUGUCACACCAGGGUAAAACUGCAAGCUCCAUGCAUGGCAUCAUAGACCCUGCUCAGUCCCAUGACUGAGAGAUUAAUAGGCAGCAACCGAGCUAGCAGACAGUGUAAUUAAGGUCCUUAGUCACCCAGUCACCAGACAGAGUGAAGUCAGCAACACUUGAACUCGGUGAUGUUGGUGGGAUUGGCGGAUGAGCUAAUGUGGCUGCUUCUGCUUGGGUAAACUCAAGACAAAAACAUUAAUGGAGAUUGAUGAGCGCUAUCAUAUUUCUAGAUCUGCAUGGGAACAUCAAAUUGGGCAAAAUAUUUGGAUAUGAAAGAUGAGACUUCAUUUUCCUUGUGUGUACUGUUGUUGUCCAGUAGUUAAUGUCAAAGUUUCCAUUAAAUCUGAGCAGAUGUUGGAUUGGUUUAAUCACAUCUCGCACUGGUCGCUGAUUGAUACCUGAACACCAUUAUGUGGCCCUUUAAUGACAAAAAUUGGUCUUUCUGGUACUUUUAAUGACCUUUAAGAGCCCUCGACUAGAAACAAAAAGAUGUUUUACAAUAAAUCUUUCAUUGAGAGGAUGCAGCGUUGGUUAGUUCUUGUAAUUUAGCCUCCUUUGAAACAUGCUCCUAAAUUUUAUGUCCAUUCUUUAUGCACUUGGAUUUAAUGUGACUUUGUUUGAAUAUGAUGCAUUUUACUCUACUGUCUUCUGUAAACCCUGACUAAUAUCUCUGAUAAGACAUUUGCUCUAUGCAGAUUGGAUUGGAUUCUAGAAAAUACAUUUCAUCAACUGACUCUGAUCAAAAGAAGAGUAACAAGAAAAUUCAUGAGUUGCAGAUAUUCAAAAAUAUAUUUGAAUUGUUGAAGAAAAUCUACUUCUCCGUUGUUUUAAGUUUGUCCAACCAGACGUCUGUUUCAUGGGAACUGUGUCUCAAAAUCAAGAGGCUGCAAUCAUCCAGGAUUUCGUACUGAAACAUGAGAGCUGUUUGUUGUAUUUGAGUGUGAAUCAGAAAGCUCACACCAACAAAACAAGCGGCUUAUAGCUGCUUAUGCGAUCAUCAUCCAUUAAACCAGCUGUAGAAGCAAAACAAACUCAGCCUCAUGUCUCAGAGUAUAAGCCCCGCUGGCAAACUUUGAUACCUGUGAUCCUGCUGCAACAAUGCUCACCUGAGAUCAAAAACUGAGCGUACAGGGAGGAGGGGGGCCGGGUUGUUUUAGGUGGAGGCAGGGUUUAGCCGUAUGCAGAAAGCAAAAGCGCACAUGAGCUGUGAACCUAUCUAAGAGGGGAUUUUUUCUCCCUGUGACUUCAAUGGUUUGACUUUUGUGUUGGGGUGGGGCUCUGCGCUGCACUCAUCUGUCAGAGUCAGUGGCUGCUGUGAUUGGGUUGCGCCCUGCGGGGGUCCUGAGGUCAUCCUGAGUGGCGCUCUGAUCUGAUCAUCGUCAAUUGUUCCACCGUGAUCCUCUCAUGGCCUCCAGCGCCACGUUGUCGGCCCAGACUCGGCUAAGUGUUGGAAAGUCUGGUAGAGCUCUUCGUGCACACCUUCCAAACCCCGUGAACACCCAUAUCACACCCUGAGACUGCAGAGCAAUCAUCUCCAGAGAAUGAAGACCUGCACAGAAGCACGUUUUUGUCGGAUAAUAACUUUAAUAAAAAAAUUGGAGUCUGACAUCUCGCAGUAAUUGCAUGAGCUCCUGGAAGAAACCGUACAGUAGUGUUGGAGCUUGUCAUCACAAAGAGCGUGUUGUAACACGGACGUGGCAAACACCUCAUCGCUCCGCUUUUUUAUUUCAAGAGAAAUAAAAAGCAAUUAAAAUUAAUUACCUGAGUGAAACUAUAAUGGUUUCUGGCAUCACAAACUGAUCCUGACUGUCUUGUUGUGAUGAUUAAUCUUUGUUUAGGCACAUCUCCAUGAGGAACAUUGAUUCAGAUGUGCCGUUUUCAUCCAUCAGCAGCGAGCUCAGCUGAAAAAAAAGAAAAAAUCAGUUGCAGAGACAAAACCGCAAAUUAAUAAAGGAUCUGCAGAGGUGUUUUCAUGCAUUUGAAUAAGUAUGUGGGGGCUUUUCCCAAACCGAGCAGACAGGUUCUUGUGUGUUAUCUGUUCGAUCAGCAGAUCUGUGUACGCAAACAUGUGGAAACACUUUGAAAGUCUGCAUUAAUCGUCUGCAUCCUUGCCCUGAAGUGAGCCCAUCAGCCUCGUGGAAGAAAAGAUGGAAAAAUAAACAGAAGCUCUCAAUAUAAACUUUAUUAAACAGAUAAGUCAAUCAUCACACUGCCAAAGAGGAGAUGAAAUGAGCGCUGACGUCCAAUCUCAAGAAGAAGAAAUGGCUUUUAUAAGAGGUUGCCUAAAUUCCUCUGUGGUCACUCUCAGGGUGAGACGCUUGUUUUGUUUAGAUUUUGGCCAUCGGCUAUCUUCAAACAAUACUUAACGUUGACUUAAAACACUCCUAAGGUUAAUAAAUCAAUCAUGUUUUACAAAUAAUGAAAGGAACAAAAUCAAUGCUUUGCUCAGGGUAAAUAGUUGUGAAAUGUAAGUUUGACGAUUCCUUCCUUUCAUGGUUGUUUCAGUUUUAUUUAUCUGGAAAUCGAUUUAAGUUUCAGAGUGAGUUGGAAUACAGGGGUGCCAGUAGUCCAUGUUAGGGUGCCUCAGGGUGCUACAGUCCUGGUCGCUGAAUCGCAUAGAAAACUAAGCACAGUGGUUGAUGUUCACCUAUUAAGUAAAAAUGUAACAUCACGUCAAAACAGCACCGACCCGAAGCCAUGAGAUCGGUGUCUUGCGUGGCAUUUCCAUCUCCUCCAACAUUUGUCUUUUCCUCUUUGCAAUAAUUCCGUAUGAUCAGCUUUAACUCCAACAUAACACACAAGGAUGACAUGCAGAGUUGUGCACAAAUAAGCAGAUCAGAAACUGUCAAUAUGGCAAACAGAGGAAUCUUACUUACAGCUGGCAUUUUAAAGCAAAGUCCUGCAGAUGUGCACAAGUAUGUAGUGUUCACAGCAUUGGUGUAGCUAUGGCGAAGGGUCAACACUGAAGUUUGAGAAAGAAAUUGGGCCGACACGUUGGAAAAGGAUUGGGAAAAAGAACAUUUUAUCUAAUCCCUACCUCCUCAUACAUAUUCCAUAUUAACGUACAUCUCAAACACCAUUUUUACAGUCCUGUUUCUAUUUCAUUCUAUCUAAAAGUAUCAAACUUAUUUUACCCCCUCUGUCCGUCUGUCUCAGGUCCCUGGCCCUUGGGCAGCAAUACUCAUCUCUGGGUUCCCAACCCAUCCUGUGUGGAUCCAUCCCCGGUCUCGUGCCCAAGCAGCUGCGAUUCUGCCGCAACUACAUCGAGAUCAUGCCGAGCGUCGCCGAAGGUGUCAAGCUGGGGAUCCAGGAGUGCCAACACCAGUUCAGAGGCCGCCGAUGGAACUGCACCACCAUCAAGGACAACCUGGCUAUCUUUGGUCCCGUGCUGGACAAAGGUAACGCGCCUACAAGCUGCGUAUGUGGAGCAUUUGAGGCGAACGGUGUGAACUAAAUGAUUGAGUGAUUGCUGCCAAACAACGCGUAACCUCUUAAAAGUAUGUUGUAUAGGUGAGGCUACUGCAAGCUCUUACAAAACAUAGCAUUAAACAGUUUCCCCCCUCGGGCUCGGCACUGGCUGUUCUCUCGGCCUCUGCUGACAAAUGCUUAACUGGGGCAAUUACAAUAAUAUACACCUUUCCUGGCUGCAGUGAGAAAUGAGCGCAGGUACAAGCACUGACACAUUAUUCAACCGUCAUCCAUCUCAAACGUCAAUAUCGCAUUUGUCUUCAGAGUCAGUCACGAGUUUUUCCUCUCAGUUUGCCCGACCGUGUUUACACUCUCUUACAUGAAAGAGGGUCAGCGUGCUAAAUCUAUCAACACUACCUGACACGCACAGCUGAUAUACUGGAGCCAUCCGUCAGACGCUUCACACGCAGAAUACUAAUUGUAAGAUAUCCAGACGCUAACUUUGUCCUUUAAAAAAAACAAUCCUGCUCAAACCUGACAGCGGGACACAAUAGGCACAGGUGUCCUGCUCAAGGCUCGGCCGUGCCAAAUUAUAAAGGUAGGAGUUUGUGUGUCGAUAGCACGGCUUCUGAUUGGAAAUGAAUCACCCCGUGUGUCAGAGGGGAGGGAAUCCGGGCAGAAACGGGCAGUGUGAGCAGUCCAAGCUCCUCAGUCAAAUAAAAGGGAGAAGGGAGGCCAAAUGAGAUUACGGGCAAUAGAAAAGGGCCGGGGGGCUCCGCUCAACCCCUACUGUGCAUGAAGACCAGUGCGUGCCUCACACAGUCCAGCUCCCACGGACGCCCCAUUCACACGCCCUUUUGACUCUGUCAUGAAAACAGGCUGAAAGGGGAUCUCUCAGACCCUAGCCCGGGUGUGCACUUUGGGAAAAGUAAGUGAAGGAAGGAGGGAAGGAAGGUAGGAAGGAAACAGAGAGUCUCCCUUUGGAAAAGUUUGAGGACGAGAAGGCAGAGCCACCAAUCGCCACCACCAGCCACCUUCUGCUGUCCAUGGUGGGUGAUGCCUGGAGGAAGCGGGGGUUGAGGUCCUGUGGUGGGUGGUGGUGUAUGGGAUUUCAGCUCAGGGUGUUGGCAGAGGGGUGGCUGGAGAGAGAGAGGGGGGCUUGGGUGGUGGGGUUAGGGAGUUUAGGGAAUGCCAGCUCCGGGCAGAGUGGGGCUGUGGGGGCGCGAGUCGCUGGGCCCUUUGUGUGGAUAAUACAGUGUGACACAAGGGAAACAAAGGCGGAUUGAUGGGCCCAGCAGGUAGCAGGAGCAGCACUAGCCUUGGCUAACAGCCAGAGCUCCAGGGGCCCAGGGCUCACAGGCCCCUGUUGUGGAGGGCACAGCGAGGCUUGCCAGGGCGAGCGAGGAUGCCGAACCUGAGGACUGAGUGUUAUCCAAUCACAGAGGGAUUCGCUGCGGACCAGAACUUUGACUAAGAAGGACGGGGGAGGAACAGAGGCUUGUUAGUAUUUGGCUUUUUAGAUUUAACAGGAUAUUUCUUCAAUUAAACUUUUUUUUUUAAAACUGAAGAAACUUUUUUUUAAAUUAAGGACCAUGUCACAUGACCCUCCUGAGCAUUCACCUUUUUGUACGACAUCCAACAAAGUCCCGAACUGUUCGAUACAGAUGGUGCUUCUUCAACUGUUGCUGCUCCAGCUUUGCAUCUGAGUGGUCAACCACAGGUAGUUAGGUCCAACUGCAGGCCCUGAUUUAUGAUAUAAUUAACCAACAGUUUGGAUUGGAUAUCUGCACCGAUAUUGACAAAUUAACUGGAUCGGAUAACGGAUGAUUGAUGCCGAUCCAGCGUUCCGAUCCAGUCUUUUUUUUCUUCCUUUUAAUACAUUGAAGUCUUACUUCUUUUUGCUGUGUGCAAAAUGCGCAAAUUCGUUAUUAAAAUGAAGUAAAUUUAUAUCGGUGUUAAUUUGUUACCUUUUUUCAACAAGGCUAAUGUCAAGUCUGAUGCCUUCACUCACAAGUCAAGGUAUACAGUUCAUUCAUUCCACAGUAGGAUUAGAUUGGAAUCGGAUAUCAGCCGAUACAUUCAGCCCAGGUAUCGGUUUCGGAUUGGAUCAGAAAAAAUGGAUCGGUGCAUCUCGAACCUCAAGAUUAACCUCAAAAGAGACUUGAAACGAAUGUUCGAGAUGGUAAAAGUGUGAUAAAGAAAAAAGACUUGCUCUGGACAGAACUGACUUUUUCAGCCGGUGGAUGUACCCCACACUGACCCUCUGAAAUAAUGCGGUUAUUUAUUUUACUGCCACCUCUAAAUGUCAUAUUAAGACACAUCAAAAUAAAAGAAAAUAAUUCACAGAAGAGUAAAAAGGUUAUUCUUGUUCUGUGUCUUUGCUCACAGAAAAAUGAAAGAUCCGAAUUUGCGACUCGAUUCAAGCCAAACAUCUGUAAGCUUUGUCUUUUCCUUAUAAAGUCAUAUAAUUGGGUACUGAAAGACUUAUUGGCAGUUGAAUUGAUGAGGAAUUCCUGGCUUUAAUAGACAUUGUGGUCUGUAAAAUAUGGGUUUAAUACUCUGGUUGUGUUCAUACAAAUUUUAAAAAUCCCGCAAUAGUGAAUACCAGAAACCACAGAGCGCUCUUAAAAAAGAAAGGCACUGCUUAAGGACGGCUCUGUGUGUGUGUGUGUGUGUGUGUGUGUGUGUCUGUUUCAGAGCUAUCCCAGUGUAAUAGGUGAGCCACGGUAAGUGUGCUGUGAUUGUGAAACAAUGGUGUCUGGUUACAUAAUAAGCAGUUGUGUUCAAAGGAGGCGUAACUCCAUCCCUGAGCGUAGAAAAGAAACAGGCCGACACACUGUUAGGUUUCACCAGAGGGCCUUAGGCUCCGAGAAGGGACGGGUGAGAGAGGAGGGGAGGGGUGACAACAUUCCUGAAACACUAUCCAGAUGCAAAGCAGCACACCUCAGGGAUGACAGGGGGGUCACUGAGAUCCUGCUGAGAGCAAGGCUCUGCUGACACAACCACAAUGGGCUGAUGUCACUGUAGGGACUCGGCUUUUGGCUCCCUUCAUGUGUCCUACAUUUGCCUCCUCGCUGCUCCUCUUGAUUGUAAAUACAAAGAGCUUUGAGUUAGGAGUGGGUUCACAGACGUAUGUGCCGUCUUGAAGAUGAAACUUGUUAAAAGGUUGUAGCUCAGAGGUGUGCCUUUCAACAAACUGACUCAGAUUGACACUCUCCAUCCUUCUGUCCUUUUUCAGCAACCAGAGAGUCGGCCUUCGUCCACGCCAUCGCUUCUGCAGGCGUAGCGUUUGCGGUGACUCGCUCCUGCGCCGAGGGGACGUCCACCAUGUGCGGCUGCGAUUCCCACCAUAAGGGUCCUCCAGGGGAGGGCUGGAAGUGGGGCGGCUGCAGCGAGGACGCAGAGUUCGGCGUGCUGGUGUCCAGGGAGUUUGCAGACGCCAGGGAGAAUCGUCCAGACGCUCGCUCAGCGAUGAACCGACACAACAACGAGGCGGGACGCACGGUAAACAUUUCAACACAACAUUAAGGCUACGUUCACAAUUCGGAUUUUUUGUUAAAUCCAAUCUUUUUGUGCAGUCGUUCAUAUUACAACAACGAAUGCGGCAUCUAAUGUGAACGGAAUGCGUCCAGCUUGAACUGACCGGUCUCCCCAAAUAUUUAUCAAUUCUAAUGUUCCUUUUUUUCGCCACUGGCUGUUCUCCGUUCCCUCGUCCGCCGUUGCUUUCCGCGCCUGUUUGUGUUGUCGAACAAUGGUGACGUUUGUCGCAUAUUGAUGACGUAUAGAUCAGAUGAACGUGACCGUGGUAGUGCUGAAAUUUUUUGUUGUUGUGUGAAAAAUAUAUGUGCUCAUUUUGAAUCUGAUGCCGUCAACAUGGGGACACAUUUCACAAACUAGGAGAUCGAGCCAUCCAGAUUAACCUUAACUGUCUGCAGCCUUUUGUAACGAGAUUUGAGAUAAGAAGAACUUUAUUUAACCCUCUGAUCUUUAUCUGAUAUGAUGUACAUAAAUUAUGACAUCUAUGUUUUUUUUUUUAAAUUUUACAUUCAGGAACAUGAUUCUGAAAUUGUUGAACUAUUUGCACAUGCAGUCUGUCACACAGUGGUGAACCUCUUCCUCUCUGAAUGUCCUUUUUAAAAUAUUAUAACUGAACCUUUCCACUGAGCAACAGACGGCUAUUAGACAUCUAGUUUUUUUUAGACCGAAUUUCAACCGUCGAGAUUCGGUGUAUUUUAAGACAGAAUUUAGACGUUGCACUUCAACCCAUUAUUUUAUAACUCUGAGUUGCAUAACUGAUCUCCAAAUACUUAAUCAAAAUAAUUAUGAUAGCUGUUGAGCGAUAUACAGUGUAGUAUAGAUAUAGCCCAGAUUCAGACCUGGUCUAAACUUGGUCUAAAUAUAGACAUCUAAAAACCAUUCAUUUUUUAAACUGUGGUAGCCUGAUUUUAGACAAGUCGUCUAAGCUACAUUUAGACGUCUAUUAGACCUCCUUUAGACCAAAAAAUGCUCAGUGGGUAAUUAGUUCAGAGAUGUGUCUCCAUGUUUUUCAGUGUUUUGCUGAUUCAGUGUAAACUGUUUUGAAAAAUGUUGCUGGCAUCAAAUUCGAUACGAGCGCAAAUUUUUCAUAAAGCACUAAAAACAUAACUUUUAAAUCUAAUAUAUUAUGUUUGCACUGUUUUUAAAGGAUCAAAAUGAUUUGAAAUGAUCUUUUUUUAUCAAUAUUUGACGCAGCGUCUGUCUGUUUUGGAAAUGGGCUUUUAUACAAUCCCCGUCUUUGUGCUAAAACGUGCGUGUUUUUCAUCAGAGUUUACCAAAUGGCAAAAAUUAACAGACACCGGGACAUGACACCCAUGUGUGAAAGCUGAAAGCCAAGACUGCAGACAUUAAUCUGCAGCUGUGACGUCCUCCAGUCUUCUGGGAUGGUUUCCAACAAGAUUUUGGAAUCUGGCUGCAGGGAUUUAGUCCCAUUCAGUCUCGAGAACAUCAGCGAGGUCCAAUACUGAUGUGACAAAGCCUGGCUCACCAUCUGUAAUCCAGGUCACCCAAAAGGUGCAGAAGUCAGGGUUUAAGGUCCUCCCCGUUUACGUACGUUUGUAUGAAUCCUCAUUGAGUAAGUUUCUCACUUGUAUUCAACAGCAUGAUGCCAAAUUAAAGAGUUAAAGAAUCAAAGAUGAAAAUAUAAAACAUGUAAAAAUGAUGAAAAUAAAGCGUGAACCUGAAUCCUCGGUUUCAGACAGGUACGAAUCCAGGUGUAAGAAACUCCGUAGUUCAGGUGACGCGGCCUCAAGAGCUCAGAGUUCACCUGUCUUUAGACGUGUGGUUGUGUGUGUGUGUGUGUGUGUGUGUGUGUGUGUGUGUGUGUGUGUGUGUGUGUGUGUGUGUGUGUGUGUGUGUGGCACUGACAGCAGGUUUAGCAUUUUCGACCUGAGGGGGUGAGCUGAUGAGGAAAGGUGAAUUAGUUCAGCCAUGUAAUGCUGUAAUAAGUGAAGCUAAGAAUUUUGGGAUCCUGGAUCUUUUACGCAACAAGGAGCCAGUGGAGGAGUCCGGGUUCAGGGGAGCGAUGAGAGCCGAGAGAGGUUUACGGUGCAAGUUUGCAAACAUAAGUCCAUUUUUAAAACCUGUCUAAAAACCCACUUUUACUCCUUGGCUUUUGACCCAGCAUGAGACGGCAUAAGUUUUAUUGCUUUUUAUUAUAUUAAAAAAAACUAUUUAUUGUUGUUUUAUGUUUGUAUGUUCUUAUGUACAGCACUUUGUGGCAGCUUUGGUUGUAUUUAACGUGCUCUAUAGAUAAAGUUAAGUUGCGUUUAGUUGAGAUAAGUUAUGUUAAAGAAGUGUGUGCAUAAAAUACUCAUGUGGUUAUAUGAUACACAUCAAUCAAUCAAUCAGAUAUGAGCAGAACUUCAUUAAAUCAAGGAAAACCCUGAUUCAUGUGCAAGCAAGCAGACAAAAUACAUAAUAAAAAUAAUAAAUAUAAUAUAAAAUAAUAAUAAUCAAUAUGAAAAAUAAAAAAAAGACCAAAAAGAGAAGUGAGUAAAGUGAAAAAAAAUGAAAAGUUAAUUUAGCAAAAUAAGGAAAGGAAAUAAAAGGAUAGGAAAACAGAAUAAGAACACUUAAAAUAGAAAUGUACAAGAUAAGAUAAUAAAGCACUUAAGAGUCAGUCAGAAUAAGAUACAAGAAUAAGAUAAAACUCAGUUAAACAGACUAAAACUGAAGGUUCAUUAUUAAAUAAGUAAAUAGUUAAACUCGCUCUCUUUCUAAUUUGCUUCAGUGGUUUCACUGACACCUACCCUCUCAAACUGGUUUUGGGAGUUUAAAAAGUGGUCGGUCUCCUUACUUUUACUCUUGUUUGCUUUUGUACGUCACAAAAAUGCAUCACUGUGAAUCUCAGUGAAUUUCCUAAAUGUUUCAAAACUCUUUUAAAGCUCAAACAGCAGCUCUCCUCUCCUCUCCUCCUGACUGAACAAAGUGCUAAAAGAUCGAGGACUCACUUAUUCAUGAAACCUCGGCUUAUUUAAAAUCCCUUCUCCUUCACAUUAAUACUUACACUCACCACAAACUCAAAUAUAACGACUUAUUCUCAGAAAGUUUCUACUGUAUUCUGGUAAAUCUGAAUCCUCACUCUCAGAGUCCCUUCUGAAACACGGCCCCAGGACCGAGUCGUCAUAAUUCUCAGCGCGCUGAAAGUGCAAUUCAUCGCAUGAAUUAAACAAACCUCAGCACAAGUCGUGCUUUGAACGGUCGCCCGAGGAUAAAACUGUUCUGAUGCAGUAAACAAUGGACAAUCAGCUUCUUGUCUCCUAAAUAAAAAGGCGAGGAGGAUUUUCUUCUUCGUCAUUUAACCGUUUGAGGUUACUAAUCGUUCAUUUGAUGGCCGUGGAUUUGGAGUCUGACUUGUCUGCACAUUUCUGGGUUUCCACUGAAGAUGAGCUCUUAACUUUGACUGACUGGUUAAUCACUCAUCCCAGCAGCACCUCUCCUCCCCCUCUGCCCCCUCACACCUUGCUUUUCAUGCCUUGCAUCCCAAUGAAAAAUUCCCUGCCAGUCAAAUAACCCGAGUGAGUUGAGGGGAAAAAGAAGGAAAUCUGCUCCGACUUAAAACAUCACUGGCUGCUGUCACCGCUCGGAGAAAAACAGACUCCCCGGUUGCUCGCUGAGGGGCAAAUGAAGGACCACACGGCAACAAGCAGGCCUUUGAAGUGAGCACACAGGAGCAGAGUGAACAGCAGCACUGUCAGGAGUUUCGCUCAUAUCCACCUGGCCCUCUCACGCUCUUUUAUUUGGCCCCCGGGGGCCUCUGGGACUUGAUGUUGGCAUGACAAGCUCACAAUGUGAUGUCACUAGUCCAAUCUCCCCCUCCUCACCCAGAGGUGCCCCAACCACCUGCCUUCCGCCGCAGCUGGGGGAAUUCUGCAGCUAAAUAUAGCUGUUGAAUUAAAGCACAACAAAAUCAAAACACAAAGGUAAAAGGUGCCCCGCGGCGGCACAGUCAUGCUGUGAGCCAGUGACUUCAGAGGGAAUUAGCAGCAGCGCAGAGCCUCUGUACUUCACAGCUGCAUGACACUUAGAUAAAUUGCAGCCAGUGGCAUAGUGUUUUUCUUGGCCCGCUCUGCGAGUCUUUAGUGGUUUUGUAAGUCUGGGUAACUGAAUUUCCUGUAAAUUUCUGACCAUAAAAUUCCAAGAGAUCUUGCUUGGUGGUGAAUGACUUUGACUGCCCUGUGAGCAGUGAGUCAUCAAAUUAAGGCCUCCUCAUUUUGGUCGAUUAAAGAGAUAAUCCACUCAAAAGCUCGUUUUUCUAAUAUUGAAUUUGGCAACACAUUGAAUGGCAAAAAAAGCCUUAGACACGACCUAACUACGAAACCAUCGUACUUUCUCAAAACGAGAGGUUUCAAGGGAUUUCUGGCCAAGAAAAAAUGCACUCUAGAAAACUUCCAGGGAGCAUAUUUUUACACCAACGGAUCGGUCGCACUAAAGGAAUUUGGAAAAAUCUCAGGACUGAAGUUCUUUUGCACCGUCAUCAUCGAGUUCUUCUGGCGCUUAUUCUGCCAGGCUUUGAAUCUGUGUACCGCUCUGUUUAUCCCUCAUUGUAUUGAAGGAAAUCCAAUUUCAUUUACUGGCUUUAAACAUUGAUGGAGUGCAAAAUAAAUCAGCGUGUCGUCGGCAUAGCUAUGAAAAGCAAUGCACAAGUUGACCAAUAGUGGUCCAAAAAUUGAACCCUGUGGGACUCCACAUGUCAUGGUGUCCAGGAUUAAGCAGAUUUAUGGACAUCAAAUGACAAGAUAUAGUUUGAACCAACAGGGAUAGUCCAUCAAGAAGGACUUAAAGGGUUCACUGUAUGAAAUACUACACUAAAAAACAGAUCUUUGAUGUGACACAUGUAUCGCAGUGUUCUGGACAAAACCAUUUACAAUAAGUGACCCAUUUAGUCCAGCCAUUAGAACCAAAGUGAAAUCACUGUGUCAUCUGGAUAACUGUGAUACGCAAUAUCUUAGUUUUAUAUUCUCUGACCUGAGAGGUAGUUCAGGUGAAAUAGAAGUGGUCCAAGAAUUGAACUCUGCGGGAUUCCUCAUGUUGUAAUAAUCCACUUAUUGCUUUGUCGACAACAACUUAUCUAAUCCAAUAAAUACUGUUUGAAACAGACCCAACUACUCUUCCAGUUUGUUAAAAGGUAUUGUGGUUCACAGUUUCUAAAGUUGCUCUUGGCUCAAGCAGUGCCAGAAACAGGAAUAUACCCAAAUCAGAGCCUGAACAGAUGAACAGAUCACCUCAAGGGGUGCUGUCAGAGUGGUUAGCCUUUAAAGGGAUUUUCUGGCGUAAAAUUAAUUUAGGGUAACACCAAGUUAGACACCCCAAUGAGAGAUGAAUGUUGCCGACCGCUUGCUUCUCUAGUUAAACCAACUUUAGUAACGACCGCAGGAUAGAAAUAUACAGCGGCCUGAGGAGCCAUAAACAAACCACAACAAAACGCCACUCUAUAGCCACAAAUAACGCUCAGAACAGCACCUAACUUCAUCAACAGGACAUAUAGAGUCCCAGCCAUAGUACUAGACACCAAACAUCUUUUUAACUUUGACUCAUUUCUUUAGUAAAGAGACUAAACACAACUCACCUACUCUCUUCCAGCAGCCGCUUGUUUGUAGAGAGACCUCAGGCCAGUCCAUUAUGGACUACAGUGGGGUGUCACAGCUCAAGGAAGAACAUUUAUGAUCAUUUCUUCAUGGAAAUACAAUCAGAGACGCUAAGGCAGAAGAGCUAACGCGUCUGCAGUGCAAAAUGAUUAAUAUGGUGAUUAUUACUUCAAGUUAAUCGAAAUCUAUACAAAAGGCCCUGUGAAAUUAGAAAGGUGUUCAGCUGAGUCAAGUUGCUGUCUUCGUUGAUUUGCCCUGUAGGAAGUGUAUUCAGACAAACAAAAAAGGCUCUAGAAUCGAACCUUGCGGGACGCCGCAUCAUAUUAAUAAACUUAGAUUUAACGGUUACAAGAAAAGCACAAAAGAAGUAAUUCUGACUCCUUGAAACUGAUCGUUUAAGUGUCUUCUGUUUUCCACAGACCAUCCUGGACCACAUGCACCUGCGCUGCAAAUGUCACGGCCUGUCAGGAAGCUGCGAGGUAAAGACAUGCUGGUGGGCACAGCCCGACUUCCGCAUGCUGGGCGAUUAUCUGAAGGACAAGUACGACAGCGCCUCGGAGAUGGUGGUGGAGAAGCACCGCGAGUCCCGGGGCUGGGUGGAGACGCUACGAGUCAAGUACAACUUCUUCAAACACCCCACCGAGCGAGACCUAAUCUACUACGAGGGCUCGCCAAACUUCUGCGAGCCAAACCCGGAGACCGGCUCGUUCGGGACGCGUGACCGAGCCUGCAAUGUGUCGUCGCACGGCAUCGAGGGCUGCGACCUGCUGUGCUGCGGCCGCGGCCACAACACCCGGACUGAGAAACGCAAGGAGAAGUGUCACUGCAUCUUCCACUGGUGCUGCUACGUCAGCUGUCAGGAGUGCGUGCGCGUGUACGACGUGCACACGUGCAAGUGAGAAACGCCUUUGUAUGUGCUCUCAGAAAAACAGACUGCUGGACUACAAGUACUUCCCACCCGACGUUCCCUGCAACUCCCCGCCUCUUGCUCCCGCACGACUCCCUUACUUCUCCAAAACACAAAAUCAUAUUCAUCGGCACAAACUCAGGCCCUAAUGGGUGAUGGCACAUCAGUCAUGGAUACUUCUUUACCUUUUUUUGUAGAACCAGUCUCCAAAACCACUUUAUUUCCAUAACUGACCAUGAAAUAUGGAAAGAAGCUCGAGUUGUGCCACUUUCCCCUUGUUCCCUUCCCUGCAGCAUUGGACCACCACCACCACCACCAUCGCCGCCGCCUUGUCCUUCACCACCACUCCCCUCCCUUCCUGUCUUUAUUUAUUUCCCCCUCCAUGCCAGCACAAUGUUUAUGGCAUGUACAGUAACACUUUUUACCUGUGAGAUUAAUGCAGUAAGAAAAAAAAAAAAGACUCUCUUUGCUUUUGAACAAAAAGCGUCUUCUAACUAACACCUCACUUCUCCGGCUUGUCUGGCUGGUUUACCUUUUUUGUUUGUGUUAUUUUAUUUUAAACUAAACCAACCUCUACAACCGUCACUUAGUCUUAAGUGAAACUGAACACAGCCCCAGGAAACCAUCACUUUGUAACUACUGAACUGAACUGAACUGAAAACAGCAGGCAGGUGUUGGAAGCUGCCUCAGUCCUGUCUUCUUCUUCUUCUUCUUCGUCUUCUUCUUCUCUUUUUUUUUGUAAACUACUGAGCUGAUGAAAUCCUCAGUGUUGCUGACUGACUCUGCCGCACCAGUCAACCGGGGAGCCUGGAAGAUAUAUGCUACAGCCUGAUUUUAUAGCCCUGCAUUUCUGAAAUAUUACCAUCGGGCUGGGACUGGAGGUAUGCAGCAUGUGUGUGAACAAGCAUGCUCAUUCCACUAACUAACAAACGUAUGCACUAUUCAGUUAGACGGAGCUCCAGGUGGGGAAGAUUUGAGCAUUGUUCAUGCAAGAAAAAUCUCUUUUCCUUUGCAAGCUAGCUGUUUUUAUGAAUAACGACUCUGAGGGUAAGAUCGACCUGUAAAUUGCUCAUGAGUGUAACGCAUCAGUCACAUCGUUUCAGUCUGAGGGGUAUGAUGGAAAACAACCCGGCGUUUUCAUUCAAGCUUUAGCAUGCCUAAUAAAAGUUAAUAAGGAGGAUCGUUUAGCUAACACUUCAUGAAUCCAUCAGGUCCAUUUUUAGAGGUGUUUGUCUGUCUUUAUCGCUAUUAAAAAAAAAAAAAAGAAAAAGAGGGACAAGUGACGACAUGUGGAGAGCGCUGUGUAGGAAUCUGAUUGGCUUCAUUUCUUCCAUUCCUUCUCUCCGUGUUUCCCCUCGCCGAGACAGUUUUAGACUUCUGUUCUGUCAACUCCUGAGAAAAAUAACUGCUGUAAUCGUAGAGACGACUAUUCUGAAAAUGACUCCAAUGGCGUUUCCAAGGUAACAGAAUUUCUAGAUGGCACAAUAUCUAGAAGAUUUCCAGUAUACAAAGGUACAAGACAAGGUGAUCUGCUCUCAGGAAGGACUAGCAGAAAGUAAAAGAAAGAAUAAGAACAUUAAAGGAACAUAAAUUGGCACUAUACGCAGAUGAUGUUAUCAUUUACCUAACAGCACCUGACCAAUCUUUACCACAUUUAAUGGAAGCAAUUACAGAAUAUAGUAAACAUUCCAGUUAUAAAUUAAAUGAAAGGAAAGGUCCUUGCACACCUGGAACGGCGCAAAUAUACGACACGUCGUAUAAGUUACGUCUGACUGUACACAUCAAGCGCGAUGCGAUUUUGCGACUUUCUGGGGGAAAAAGAUACAUCCCGGGGAAGACUUUUCCCGGGGAAAGUCCCGCCUCCUUCACCUCUGAUUGGCUAGAAAAGCUGGAAACGUCAUCACAUGCUCAAGCCAAACAGUCAGCACUUAUAGCCAAUCAGAGGUGAAGGAGGGCGGGACCUUCCUUUACCAUUCUACAGUGUCCCGGGUGGAAGCGAGAAGACGAAAAUGGAGUCUACUUCAACUUCAAGUGAAGGCGAAUUGGUACUUAUUUUGCUUUCUCAUCAAAAGAAAAAGAAACAUAGCACAUGGGUACGUCCAAUAUUAGAUAAAAGAAAAGAACUUGUUGAGUUUCACUUCUUGGUUCAGGAGCUGAAACUGGACCACGAUCACUUCAGAACCUAUUUUGGGAUGUCCGUUGGACAAUUUGAAGUUCUGCUGAAACAAUUAGCUCCAAGUUUGAAGAGGCAGAGGACUAGACACUAGAAACUGCUGUCGAGAUGUCUGUCUGUCAUGAUAGCAUGUACUGAGUCGGGGCCAGUACCAGAUAAGCACAUGAAACUAUGGUAACAACCGUUAGCUUACGUUAGCACAGAAAACAAAGACAUUCAACAAACUGUUAAAGCACACAAAACAUCGUCAUAUGAGAAAUCCGAUGCUAUGACUCUCCACAAGUCGUCCUUCAGGUCGUUAUUUUUGUAAAGAAUCACUCUGUUCUCCAACACGUAAACAAUCAGCCGGUCGGCCAUGUUGGAUAUACCAGUGAAUCUGACGUCGCAACAACACGAAAUCUGAUUGGUCAGAAGUGGCUGCUCAGUAUGCGAAAACUGUGAUCCUAAAAAAUAAAUGCCGCAAUAUCACAGGACAGGAAAACGUCGCUGAUGUGAACGCUUGUAUUGACAGGAUACGGGUUUGAAAAAAAAUAUAUUGACGUCCGAAAUAAUCGCACGAAAAAAAUGCUCCCGGUUUGUAAGGACCUUAAAUGUGAAGCAUUAACACUUGGUGAACAGCUACCAGUAGAAAUUAAGAAAAGAUAUAAACUGAAAUGGGAUUCAAAGAAAAUUAAAUACUUGGGGAUUUAUCUUACUGGAGAUCUAACAACGGUGUAGAGUAGAAAGUGUUAAAAUGAUGAUUCUUCCACAAUUUCUGUUUUUAUUUCAGACUUUAUCCAAAAGACUUCCAGACUUCCACCGUUAAUGCGUGCAAGAUGUGAGAGCGUGUGUCUGCGAGCGACAAACAGAAGUGAAUAAAAAAUCAGAAACAGUUGGAUUAAUGGGUCGAGGUUUCCGCACAGCAUGCUCUGACAGUCCCACCUGCUCCCUAUUAAUGAUACACAGCAACUAAAGAACCCCGUAGAGUUUAGGCUGUCCUCUCUGUGUGACAUAGCUUAGCAUUCGUGUCACUUUCGACGCAGAUUACCCCCCCAAACUCCUCCCUACCUGGGCCUACCUUUCUGUGUUCAGUCCCCCUCCCCUCCUCCCACUUCUCCCGCUAUAUCCAAAGUUUUGUACAAAUGUUUUAAAGUGAAUAAUUCCCUUUUUAUUUUAUAAUCGUAAAUGUUAUGUUUUUAUAAAUAUUAUUUAUUAUACAAUGUAUAUAUCUGUAUGACUGAACUAAGAUUAUAUAUUUGAAGAACAAAAA